AUGUCGCACUUCACCAAUAUGGCCGCCCCGCACACGCUAUCUCCCAGGAGUGCCACACCAAGCUCUGGGAGCCGAACGAUGGAGGUUCGACCUCAGCCCGUAUUGCGUCUGUCAGCACCUUCCGGUGUGCUUCGUCUACGCGCAGAGCCAUCAGAACGCCGACACAUUCAAUGGGCCGAAGACGUGGUCGACAACGAAGGCAUGGGCAAGAAAUCUUCCAAAGUUUGCUGCAUCUACCACAAACCCCGCGCCGCUGACGAGUCUUCUGACGACGACUCCUCGGACUCAUCGUCAGACUCAGAUUCCGACUCCGAGCCCGACAACAGCACUGCAAGGCCUGCUGGGCGGAUGGGUGGAGCGCGCGGCAGACGGCCACAUCAACAUGCUCACGACGAUUGUGAGGACGUCCACGAUCACGGCGAGGGCUCUAGUACCCCGCAAAAGCACAAGCGCCAACGGAGGAAGCCAAGCCCAAAUGCCUACGAGAAGAUGCCGAAGCAGAAGAAGUAA